AUGAUUUCAGAAACAUCUCCACUCAUUGAAGACCUGAACGGUCGUGUACUCCAUGCCCCCACCACCACUUUGUGGGAAGCUAGAGCUAUCUUAUCCUCUUCACUCCCCCUUAUCAUCACCUUUUUCUUGCAAUACUCCCUCACAGUGGUAUCCAUCUUUUCCGUGGGUCAUAUCGGCAAGACAGAACUUGCUGCAGUCUCACUUGCAAUCAUGACCUUUAAUGUCACUGUUUCCAUAUUUAAUGGGAUGGCAACUUGCUUGGACACCCUCUGUGCACAGGCUUACGGUGCCAAGAAGUAUCUGCUUGUGGGACUUUAUUUCCAAAAAUGUACCGCCAUGCUUCUCGUUUGCGCCAUUCCUAUUGUAACCUUGUGGUGUUGCAGUGGGUCUAUUUUGAUUCACAUCGUUGAGGAGCCUCAGCUUGCUGUACUUGCCCAGACUUAUCUUCGAAUAAUCUCGUUUGGUGCACCCGGGUACAUUUGCUUUGAAACGGGGAAACGGUUUCUUCAAGCACAGGGCGUUUUCCAUGCCGGUCAGUAUUGUUUGUUCAUCGUGGCUCCCAUAAAUGUAUUGCUCAACUAUGUUCUUGUGUGGGACCCAACCAUUGGUAUUGGCUUUAUCGGGGCCCCGAUUUCCACUGCAAUCUCCUACUGGUUGAUGAGUUUCUUACUCCUUGGCUAUGUUCUCUUGGUAGAUGGGAAAAAAUGCUGGAAUGGGUUGCAACUUCAAGAAUCGUUCAAUAUUCGUUCUUGGGGCCCCAUGAUGGGUUUAGCUUUAAAUGGUACUGCCAUGCUUCUUUCGGAAUUCAUUGCCUUUGAAAUUUUAACCUUAUCUGCCGCCCGUUUUGGAACCACUUCUCUCGCAGCACAAUCCAUUGUUUCCACCAUGGCAACUCUCUUUUUCCAAGUCCCCUUUGGAGUUUCUGUUGCAGUAUCCACAAGAAUGGGUAAUUACAUCGGCGCAGAGAAGAUUGUUGCAGCUCAAACGGUAAAUCGAGUGGCAAUUCUCGCUGCCUUACUAUUGGGUGUGUGCAAUUGCACUCUCUUGGUUCUGGCCAAAGUUCACAUCGCCACCUUAUUCACUGAUGACAAAGAUGUCAUAUCCUCGGCAUCUGUCAUUAUUGAAAUCCUUGGAAUAAACCAACUCUACGAUUGUGCAAACGUCUUGUUUGCAGGUUGUCUUCGUGGACAGGGAAGGCAACAUAUUGGUAGUGCUCUCAACUUGAUUGCCUACUACGUUGUCGCUGUUCCCUUGGGUCUUUUUUUUGCCUUCUCUCUUGACCUCAAGCUAGUUGGAUUAUGGUCGGGUCUAGGGGUUGGGAUAUUUGUGCUUAGUGUCAGUGAAGCAUGGUUUGUCUUCACUUCGAAUUGGCCACAAAUCUUGAAUGAAUCAAAGGAAAGAACCAGUGGUUACUAG